AUGUGGAGUUUGGAGCCCAUUGCCAAGCGGCUGAAGCAGUCAGCCGAGAGCGCUCUGUUGACUUCCAAGAAAAUUACAGAGACGGAAGAUAUUGUUGAGCGCAUUAAACGACUUGAAAAUGAGCUUCAAGAUGAGAAAAAUGAAAGCAGCGAUUCAGACUCGGAAUUUUAUUCAGACCCCAGCAAUGACAAAACAGACAAUAUCGUCAACUUGUCUGCUUACGCGUCAGAGCGAGUCGAUUCGCUGCCAGCAAACAUGCUUCCAGCUGCAAAUUCUUUGUCCAAUCUUUCUCACGUAUGUAAGAAGCGCAAGAAGACGCAGCAGGAGCAGAACGAGCUAGCAGCCAAUAAGGCAUUGGAGCACUUACGCGACGCGCUUUCGUUUCCAAAACGUGUACCAUUUGCCUGCAAGCCUUGCAAGUUUGUUGGCAAAAAUUUAGACGAAUAUCAGGCUCACAAACUUUCAGAUAAUCACGUGAUACGCGUACAAACUGGUGAGAAAUUGCUGCAUUGCGAUCUUUGCAAUAAAUCGUUUACAAGUGCCGCUCAAAUUAACGAGCACCGUGCUGGCAAGUGGCAUAAGCAGCGCGCACGGAAUAAAAAAGAACGUUUUAAAGUAAAAGUUUGUUACGACUUUAUGCGAGGGGAAUGCAAGUGGGGUGACCGCUGCAAUUUUAUGCAUGCAGAGACAAAAGCAAUGCGAUCUGGACGCGCACUCGGCAAGACUAGCAAGCGAGUAUGUGAUAGCUAUGCACGAACGAAAACUUGCCGCUUUGGUGAGAAGUGUUUGUUUUCUCAUAAUCCAGAAUAG